AAAGAUAUUAAAUGUAUUGUUUUUAAUAUGUUUUUUGGGUUGAAUUUGCUAGUAUAAUUAUUCAUAUUAUAUAAUUUAGUUUAUUUACUUAUAAAAAGGUAUAGUUUAAAAAAAAAGAUGCAGUUUUCAAAUUAAAAUCUCAUAAAAAGGUAGUUCUCCAAUUUUUUUCUUUAUAAAUCUCAGUUUAAGUUUAAGGUUUCACAAACAUUAAAAUGAAAUUCUUGUUGGACAGCUCUUGAUUUUAAUGUUGAAACAGACUCUAUAGCCAAACAGGUUUAUCACAGAUUUUAAGAACACUGAAUUUGACUAAAGAGUUAUACAACGUAGUUUCUUGACGUUGGAUAACAUGGCGAAUCUACUGACAUACACGCUAUGCCAUUCACAAGUAUCUUAUAAAACAAAUAAACCUUUUUGCAAAUUAAAGCAAAAGAAUAUAAUUAUAAAGAAAGUUAUAAAGUAAAAGGUGUAUUUUUUUUUUUGCAACUUGUGGAUGAUUGUAUUAUAUAAUUGAGAAGACAACAAAUGGCUGGCUUCCAUAAACUCUCUAAAGCUCUUCCUUUUAGAUUCCUCUCUAUCCAUUUCAUAAACUCGCCACAAAAAAAAAAUCAAUUUCUCUCUCUGUAAGCAAAGAAAACUAAAGGACUCCAUUCUCGGAAGAAUGGGGAAGCUUAAGCAAUGUUGGUCAAGUGUGCUAGUGUUGUCCAUGGUGGUGAUCGGAACAGGAGCCGUCCCCAUCACUUAUCUACAAAGCGCCGUAGCAAAAGGAGCCGUGUGUUUGGAUGGAAGUGCACCAGCUUACCAUUUCGACAAAGGGUUUGGUUCGGGAGUUAACAACUGGAUUGUUCACAUGGAGGGAGGAGGAUGGUGUACCGAUGUGGCUUCAUGUAUUAAGCGUAAGGGUACAAUGAAGGGUUCGUCCAAAUUCAUGAACAAAGACUUUGGUUUCUCCGGUAUCUUGGGUGGCAAGCAAAACACUAACCCAGAUUUUUACAAUUGGAAUAGAAUCAAAGUACGUUAUUGUGACGGAUCAUCUUUCACCGGCAAUGUAGAAGCUGUUAAUCCGGCGAAUAAGCUGUUCUUCCGCGGUGCACGAGUUUGGCGUGCGGUGAUCGAUGAUCUCAUGGCUAAAGGGAUGAAAAACGCUCAAAAUGCGAUACUCUCCGGUUGUUCAGCCGGAGCAUUGGCAGCUAUUCUACAUUGUGACACUUUCCGCGCUAUUCUUCCUCGGACCGCUAGAGUCAAAUGUGUUUCCGACGCUGGUUACUUUAUUCACGGCAAAGAUAUCUCAGGAGGAUCAUACAUACAAUCUUAUUACAGCAAAGUUGUCGCACUCCACGGAUCUGCAAAGAGUCUUCCUGUUUCAUGCACCUCAAAAAUGAAACCAGAACUUUGUUUCUUCCCGCAAUAUGUCGUCCCUUCCAUGCGAACACCGCUCUUUGUCAUUAACGCUGCCUUUGACUCCUGGCAGAUCAAGAACGUUUUGGCUCCGACCGGAGUAGAUAAGCGCAAAGAAUGGGCGAACUGUAAGCUCGAUCUCAAGAAAUGUUCGGCCGCUCAGCUCAAAACAGUCCAAGGGUUUAGAGAUCAGAUGAUGCGUGCAUUGUCUCCGAUCCACAGUACUCCGUCGAGAGGAUUGUUCUUGGACUCGUGUCACGCUCAUUGCCAAGGAGGAAGCGCCGCCUCUUGGUCCGGCGCCAAAGGUCCCCAAGUCGCCAACACGAAAAUAUCGAAAGCAGUUGGAAACUGGUUUUACGGUCGGAGUGCAUUCCAGAAGAUAGACUGCCCUUCGCCGAUUUGCAAUCCUACUUGUCCUGCGAUCUCUACUGACGAGUAGAUCUUAUAUUAUUGAAAAAGAAAUGUUCUGUUUUUAAUUUCAACUAAAAUCUCUCGAAGAGUUUAAGACAACUGCAGCAAUAUUGAAUAAAAGAGUAUAUUUUCCCAUUCA